AAGAGGGAAGGAACGCUACUGUUUUUAUAUGGUAGGCCGUGUCUUACAUAUCUUUUCUCUAUUGGUCGGAGCGUUAAUUAAAAAAGUGAAACAUUAAAUAAAAUAUAAGACUUUAGAUAUAACCUUUGUAGCUAGUUUUAUUAUGAUAACAUUGUACAUGUCCUUAGACACCCUGGAACCUAUUCCCCACUCCGUCGCGCACUCGCGCCUCCUCAACUUCGUCUGCCCGCGAGCCGGGAAACAUUUCCCUCAGAUCCACCGGCCCUGGAGCUCCCGCCGCUCCACUGUAAGACCCGCCCUUGCCUCCGCGAAAUCCUGCGACAUCACAGACGAGCCGGGGGUGGUGGUGGGGGUGGGGGAGCGGAGGUAGGUCGCAGCAGCCAUGGCGGCCGCAGAGGAGAACAGCUCGCUGUUCCUGAUUUUCGUCCUCACCAUGAUCGCGCUGCCCCUCGUGCCCUACACGAUCCUGCGCCUGUGUCGCGCUGCCUCCGAGAAGGUCAAGACCAUCCACUGCCGCUGUUCGGGUUGCCACCGCUCCGGCAAGUACCGCAAGUCAAUCUACAAGAGGAUAUCCAACUUGUCCACGUGCAGUAACCUAACAAUCCUUCUGCUCUGGAUUGUUAUGAUAUUGCUGGUUUACUACAUAAAGCAUGUUAGCCGCGAGGUCCAAGUUUUUGAGCCUUUCAGUAUUCUUGGACUGGAAUCUGGGGCAUCUGAAUCUGAUAUCAAGAAAUCAUAUAGGAGGCUUUCUAUUCAGUACCAUCCUGAUAAAAAUCCUGAUCCAGAGGCUCAUAAGUACUUUGUUGAAUAUAUAUCCAAGGCAUAUCAAGCAUUAACUGAUCCUAUAUCUCGAGAGAAUUAUGAAAAAUAUGGUCACCCUGAUGGGCGGCAGGGGUUGCAAAUGGGCAUUGCUUUGCCCAAGUUCUUACUAAAUAUUGAUGGUGCAUCUGGUGGGAUAAUGCUUCUUGGAAUAGUCGGAUUUUGUAUAUUAUUGCCUUUGAUGAUAGCUGUUAUUUAUUUGUCAAGAUCGUCAAAAUAUACUGGAAACUAUGUCAUGCAUCAAACUCUGUCCACUUACUACUACUUUAUGAAGCCAUCUCUUGCUCCAAGCAAAGUUAUGGAUGUCUUCAUCAAGGCUGCAGAAUAUAUGGAGAUGCCAGUUCGACGCAGUGAUGAUGAACCCCUUCAAAAAUUGUUUGUAGCUGUUAGAAGUGAGUUAAAUCUGGACUUAAAGAACAUUAAGACAGAACAAGCAAAGUUCUGGAAGCAGCAUCCAUCCCUAGUAAAGAUGGAACUGCUGAUUCAGGCACAUCUCACUCGUGAGUCAUUUGCUUUGACCCCAGCACUUCUUAAAGAUUACAGACACAUGCUUGAACUUGCACCUCGUCUUUUGGAAGAACUCGUUAAGAUUGCAGUUCUACCAAGGAAUCCCCAUGGUUUUGGAUGGCUCCGGCCUGCAAUUGGUGUUAUUGAGCUUUCUCAAAAUAUUGUCCAGGCUGUUCCACUCAGCGCACGAAAAACUAGUGGAGGUAACUCCGAAGGAAUAGCACAUUUCUUGCAGCUGCCACAUUUCACAGAAGCAACUGUGAAAAAGAUUGCUCGCAAGAAAAUCCGUGCCUUCCAAGAACUUUGUGACAUGUCUGUGGAGGGUCGUGCUGCAUUGCUCACACAAGUUGCUGGGCUUUCUGAAGAACAAGUUCGGGAUGUGGAGCUUGUACUGGAGAUGAUUCCUUGUAUUGAAGUAGACAUCAAAUGCGAGACUGAAGGUGAAGAGGGCAUUCAAGAGGGUGAUGUCGUGACAAUGUAUGCUUGGGUCUCGCUACGACGGCGUAAUGGACUGACUGCUGCUCUUCCCCAUUGUCCCAACUUCCCAUUCCACAAGGAAGAAAACUUCUGGCUGCUUCUAGCCGAUGCGGCAUCAAAUGAUGUCUGGUUGUCACAGAAAGUGAGCUUCAUGGAUGAGGCCACUGCCAUAACUGCGGCAUCAAAAGCUAUACAAGAUACCCAGGAAGCACUAGGUGCAAGUGCAAAGGAAAUAGGAAAUGCAGUUAAGGAGGCAGUUGACAGGGUGAAGAAGGGCAGUAGGCUGGUAAUGGGCAAGUUCCAAGCCCCAGCAGAGGGUACUCACAACCUCACCUCCUUUUGUUUAUGCGACGCUUGGAUAGGCUGUGACAUCAAGACCAGCUUCAAGCUCAAGGUCCUAAAGCGCAGCCGUGCUGGAACAAGAGGCCAUGUGCCUGAAGAAGGGUCAGCAGCAGCCGUAGAAGAUGGUAUUGAGGACGAAGAGGAGGAAGAUGAAGAGGAGUAUGAUGACUAUGAGAGCGAGUACAGUGAUGACGAGGAGGAUGAGAAGAACAAGGGGAAAGGGCAGGGGAAGGUCGUGAACGGAUCGGCCCAUCAAGGGGCUGAAUCUGAUAUAGAUUCAGGCAGCGAUGAGUGAUUCUACACUGUAUUAUGUUGAGAAAAUCAUAGAACUUAACCCCAUCUAUUUUUUUUAAUUUGAACAUAUCCCUAUUAAGUUGCAUGCAUCAAUCUAACCCAAAAGUUUAAUCCGAUAAGAGUUGUGCAAUUCACUUAUAUUAUAUUC